UCACUUCCAAUCCUAAGGUUGUAAGUUCGAGUUACCAAAGCUCAAUUCCAAUCCUAGGUUUAUAAAUUCGAGUCAAGAAGGUUAAAAAUAAAAGAAGAAAAGCAUUUUUUUCAAAAUUGGAGUUUAUUUUCAUAGGUCUGAAGGAUUUGGAAACAAUCAAGAAUGUAAUGCCUUUUACGAGCCAGCCCGUCCAAGCCCAAUCUUUGAUAGGCUACAAUUGGGCCGGCCCAGGAAAAAUUGGUAAUGCACCGGCACAUCAAUCUUUGUUGAACCUUCGCCGCCGCUACUGUACUGUAGCAAUGGUAACCAGUAGGAAAUUGAGAGCAUUCAAGAAUUGGAUGAAGUCGCAACAUGUAGAGUGUAGUGACGCGCUGGACCUGGUAGUGACAACGAACUCAUCGGUGAGAGCAUUGUGCGAUCUCAAUGUUGGCGAUUUAGUGGCGACUAUUCCGAAGGAGAGUUGCUUGACGGUGAAGACUUCAGGUGCGCGGCAAAUGAUCGAGGAAUCGGAGCUUGAAGGCAUUUUAGCUCUAGCAGUUGUGAUAAUGUAUGAGCGAAGCCUCGGUCCGCUAUCUCCUUGGUUUGGUUAUCUCCAGUCGCUUCCUUAUUCUGAACCUAUUCCUUUGUUGUGGUCCCUAUCUGAAAUCGACUCUCUUCUCGCCGGAACUGAGCUUCACAAGAUAGUUAAAGACGACAGGGCACUUAUCUACGAGGACUGGAAAGAGUGUAUUGAGCCUCUGAUCUUAACUUCAGUUUCUUUACAGCUCAGAGCAGAAAAUUUUGGUGUUGAGGAGUAUCUUGCUUCAAAAAGUCUAAUUGCCUCGCGGUCUUUUGAAAUAGAUGAUUACUAUGGAUGCGGAAUGGUUCCCUUGGCGGAUCUGUUUAAUCACAAAACUGGUGCUGAGGAUGUACACUUCACAUCUUCUUAUUCUGAAUUGAAUACUAGUGAUUCUGAAUUGGAUGAUGAUGUUCACACCGACAAGCAUGGAAAUGACGACAAUGAACCAACCCAAGUUUAUUCAAGGGGUUCUGGGGAUGAUCUUACAGUUUUAGAAAUGAUCAUGGUGAAAAAGGUGGAAGCUGGGGCUGAGGUAUUCAAUACGUAUGGGUCUUUAGGUAAUGCUGCUCUGCUACAUAGGUAUGGAUUUGCAGAGCCUGAUAACCACUAUGACAUUGUGAACCUUGAUCUGGACCUUGUACUUCAGUGGAGUUCAUCUCAGUUUUCGCAUCGUUACACUAGGAGGAGGUUAUCACUAUGGAGAAAAUUAGAUUAUUCUGGAUGUGUUAGCCAAAAUUCCGAAUAUUUUGAAAUUUCAUUUGAUGGGGAGCCGCAAAUUGAGCUGUUGGUUUUGCUUUACAUAAUAUUAUUGCCAGAGCAAGUGUUUGCUCAACUUGAUCUUCAAGUAUCUAUCACCAGUGGUUUUGAAAAGUCUGAGGGCUUCCAUUUUGAGUCGAGCAACAGUAUGUUGCUCACAGAUGGAGUUUGUGCAGCUCUGUCAGGACUAGCAGAUAUUCGGGAAAGUUUAUAUGGUUCAACUUGUCUUGAAGAUGAUAUCAAAACUUUCAACUGUUGCUGUCUGGUGAAAGAACCUAAGAAAUAUUAUUCAUUGGUAUUGCGCAUCAGUGAGAGAAGGAUCCUUGAGAAGCUAAGGUGUUACGCCUCUGCUAGUGCUAUAAUGCAAACAAAAGACGGAGGUAAAACUAGAAAAAGAUCAAAGUUUGAAUGAUUUGUGUCAACUAUCUGCCACAGGUGUUUCUGGAUGAAGGCACGGUGCAGACUAGACUGAGUUCCAUAUCAUACUCCUGCAACCAAAGUUCCUUAAUCGUUUCUUGGCCUUGUUUGUUAUUCUUGACAUUAAUUCUGGUGGUGUAUUUGCUUUUGGAAUUGGCAUGAUCUGGCGAUGCAACUCCAGUGACUAGUAUUCUCAUCACAUUCUCCUUGUUUUGAAAAAUCUCAAUUGUUUUAGUUGACACGAUUUGCUUGCGAAAUAGGUAUCUACUGCUUUCUUAUUAUGCAGUAAUCAUUUUAUCUUUGAAAGAACCUUUUUAAAAUUGUAUCUUGUUGUAAUCCAAUUGAAAUUCUCAUUGCUGAA